AAAGUAAAGUUAAUUUUUCGAUACUGCGCAUGAGAGCUUGGUUGAUGAUAAUAUAUAAAUUAUGCUAUUAGAUAUACGUAUAUAUUAUACAGAAAGAGAACGUCUAUUUGGUGACAUAAAUGUAUUAUAAUAGAAGCUAAAUCUGUAAAUACUUGUUUACAUUUAUGCCGAUUCAUAAUCAGUUUGGAUUGAAACAAGUGUGACAUUUAAUAAGUUACUGGGAUUUAAGAUGAAGACGAUAUAUCUUUUCAUUAUUUGCACUCUUAUCUUUGAGGUUAAAACUUUGGUGUUUAUUCCAAAAAUUCAAAUGAUUGAAAAGUUUAGGACAUUGACUCAUCGUGUUUUAAAUAAUGAAUCAUAUAAUCCAUACGUCGAUCUUAAUACACCAGAAAUUAUACAAAAAGAAGGAUAUCCUUCUGAAGCACAUACAAUAUCUACUGAAGAUGGAUAUCUUUUGACACUUCAUCGAAUAUCAGGAAAAUUUAAAUCACAUCCUAUAUUAUUGCAACAUGGUUUGUUAGCAAGUUCCACUGAUUGGGUACUCACUGGUCCAAGAAAAAGUCUUGCUUUUAUAUUAGCCGAUUAUGGAUAUGAUGUGUGGCUUGGUAAUUUUCGUGGUAACACUUAUUCAAGAGCUCAUAAAAAUUUGUCAACGAAUGAUGCAAAGUUUUGGGAUUUCAGUUGGCACGAAAUGGGUAUAUACGAUUUACCAGCGAUGAUAUCAUAUAUUACAAAUCUAAAAAAAAGCAAUUUGACUUAUAUUGGUCAUUCUAUGGGAACAACAGCAUUUUAUGUAAUGUCCACCUUGAGAUCUGAUAUUGCUAGCAGGGUUCAAAUGAUGUUUAGUCUUGCUCCAGUUGCUUACAUGGAACAUAUAAAAAGUCCUCUACGUUUGUUAGCUCCUUUCGCACAUGAUUUAAAAUCGAUUAUACAUAUUUUAGGCAAAGAUGAAUUUCUCCCCCACAAUAAGUUAAUAGAGUAUUUUGCCAAAUAUGGUUGUGAUAUUGACAAUUUGGAACAUGAAAUAUGCAGCAAUAUAUUAUUUGCCUUUUCUGGAUUUGAUAAAUCUCAAUUUAACUAUUCAUUAAUACCAGUAAUUUUUGGACAUGUACCAGCUGGUGCUUCGGUUAAAACAGUAGUACAUUACGCACAAGAAAUACAAUCUGGAAAGUUUCAGCAAUUUGAUUACGGGCUGGAGCAAAAUUUAAAAAUUUAUAAUAGCGUGGAGCCACCCAAUUAUGAUACAUCUAAAAUUUCAGUACCAAUAAUAUUAUAUUAUGCCAACAACGAUUGGUGUGCAAGUGUUAAGGAUGUUCAGCGGUUAUCAAGUGAAUUAAAUAAUGUCAUCGAUCUAUACAAGAUACCAUAUACACAAUUUAAUCAUGUGGACUUUUUGUGGGCUAUAGAAGCCCCGAAAUUAGUUUAUAGUAAAAUACUACGUGCAAUGAAAGGUAGUUAGAGCAUAAAGAUAGAAUAGAAAAAAUAUUGUACAUAUUCAUAGAUACGCAAAAGAUUGAUGAUUAUAUUUUAAUUUAUCUAAUAUUCACUAUACAAAUCUGAUAUGUAUUAAUAAUAAUACUACAAUACCACGAUCUGUAAAAUAUUCUGACGAAAAUCCGGAGUCAAAAAUUGGACGAAUAUAUAUUAUAGAAUUUGAAAUAUUUAUAUUUAAUUUUUAGUAUAUAAACAUGUAUGUGCCUUCAGAAAUGCAUUUAAAUAUAUAUUCUAAAAAGUAGAAGAAAAUCAAAAUGA